AUGGACCAAGAAGGCCAACGUCCCCGUACUACGGUAGUCACAGUAGAGACCAAUAACUUCAACGCGAUCCUCGAGCACUUCGACGAGGAUGGACAUCUGCUCAACCCGCCGCCUGUCCACCUGUCGAUCGAGUGCCAGAUCUGCUACGACAAGAACCUCGCUCUGGUCAACCCCCGCUUCGACACCAAUUCUCGCGAUACCCAUGAGGUUUAUGCUGUCCUUCCUCGAUGUGGGCACGCAUUCGGGUAUAGCUGUCUCUUCCACUGGUUCAACAUGAACCGCAACGGCCGCAACCCGGGCUGCCCCUCCUGCCGCGCCCCCGUCUUCUGCGCCGCCAACCACGCCACCAUGCUCACCAUCUACGGCGCCGCCAACCCCCAAGACCAAGCCCGCGAAAUCGUCGAUAUCGGAAACACCCUGCAAGAUCCAAGCUGCGCGACCUGCCACGCGAGUCACGUAUCACCACCGCCGAGUCGUUCGCCAUCCCCGCCGGGACCACCAUCCCCGACCACGCGGCCGACGCGACGUCGACCUCGUACCCACCGCGUCUCACCUCCUCCCAUGCCGGACGGUGGUGUGUACAUGGGCCACACGAAUGGCGGCGUGCCGCAGUAUUAUUACCCCGGAGCGGCGCCGCUGGGUGUGAUGCACGGGCCGGGUGCGUUCCAGUACCCCGGGUAUACUUGGGGUUAUACUGGUGUGUAUGCUGGGAUGUAUACUUCUCCGCCUAUGGAUCACUUCAGUAUGCAAAUGCAGCAGGCGCGGUUCUAUCGUGGCUUCUGA